CUUUGAAUCAAAGCCUCUUUUCAGAUUACUGUUAAACAGCACGGCGGAAGGAAAUAUGUGUAUAGUGUGUGACAUUUAGACAGACAUUUUCUUAGGAGGAUAUAUAGUAUAUAUAUGUAUUUUUUUUUUUACAAAUAAUAUUCUUACAGUAGCAUUAUCGAUUUUGUCCCCGACAUCGUAAUAGUUGAACGUUUUAUGAUGGACGAUUUAUAGCGCUAGCAGCUUAACAAUUAUCGAGUUAGAUUACACAGAAAUAAAUUUCAACCAUGUCUGCAGACAAAAAAUCCAAACGGUUAUUGGCAGAAGUUACCGAGGAUCUGACUCAGGAACAAAUAGAAGAGUUCAAGAAAGCAUUUUCGUCCAUUGAUCUUAAUAAAGACGGUAAAAUAUCGAAGAAAGAACUGGUAGAGGCUGCAAAAUUGUUGGGUAUUAAUAUUACACUAGAGGAAUCGAAAAAAUUGAUCGAAAGUGUAGAUCUGAAUAAAGAUGGAAAUAUAGGAUUUGAAGAAUAUGUCCUACUCAUGAAAGACACAUUUCUACAAAUAGAACUUAACUGUGAACGAUUCAGAGCAUCAUUUAUGCUGAUAGACAAGAAUAACGAUGGUGUGAUUUCCUUCGACGAACUUGUACGAGCUUUAGCAUUUAAAAAAGAGCAUCAUGAUCUAAAUAAAGUACGCGAAAUCUUUAGUGCUGCAGACACGGAUGGAGACGGAACUAUUAAUUUUAAAGAAUUUGCUACAUCAUCUUUACCAAGUGUUGUAUUUGGAGAAUAGUUAUGGAUUAAUUAUCUUAGUUAAAUUGUGAUAAAAACUAUGAAGACUGGAGAAGUUAAAACUCUGUGCAGGAAAGAGGAAUUUUUGAUGUUGUCUUUGAAUAUUUCUGUUACAUUUUGUAAAUUGUUUGCAUGUGUUCAGCAGAAUUCGUUCGAACAAAUAAGUACAGUUUUUUUUUAUUUAUAAUUUGUUCAUCAGACAUUUUGUGAUAUUUGAUGCUUGAUAUGUGAAUCUUUACUUUGAACAGAAA